AUGGACUUUUAUGAACAUGGCUACGAAGAAAAUAAACUUGGUAUGACCGUAACAAGUGGUUGUGUGAAACUAAAGAAAGACUCACAAAACCUAGUGGGUAUUAGCAUUGGAGGAGGAGCCCCGUACUGUCCAUGCCUUUACGUUGUCCAAAUAUUCGACUCCACACCAGCCUCUGAAGAUGGUAGUCUUCAAGCUGGGGAUGAGAUAACUGGUGUUAAUGGUAUAUCUGUAAAAGGCAAGACUAAAGUGGAGGCUGCUCGACUUAUACAAAGUUUCAAGGAUGAAGUAAGAAUUAAUUAUAACAAACUUCAUGCGGACCCAAAACAAGGAAAAACACUAGAUUUAAUAUUAAAAAAAGUGAAACAUCGUAUUGUUGAAACAAUGGAAUCUAGUACAGCUGAUGCUUUGGGUCUAAGCCGAGCUAUUCUUGUAAAUGAUGGCAUGGUUAAAAAGUUAGAGGAACUCAAUAAGACAUCAAAUGCAUUUUCGGGUUUGGUAAAUCAUGCAAAAAAUUUGUUACGUGCAAUCUACGAACUUUCCCGUAUCUAUGCUGUAUUAGGUGACAUCUUUUCAGAAAUUGGUGUUAAAGAGCCUAUGGUAUGUACAAGCGAAGCAUUUACUCAGUUUGGUACUAUUCACCGAGGCAUGGAGCGUUUUUCAAUUGAAAUGUUGAAAAAGAUUAAGCCAAUGAUCAUAGAUUUGAACACAUUUCUGCGUAAAGCGGUUCCUGAUACAAAGUUAACAAUCAGAAAAUAUUUAGAUGUCAAAUUUGAAUAUUUGUCCUAUUGCCUUAAAGUAAAAGAAAUGGAUGAUGAAGAGUACGGUUUUGCUAUGGUUCAAGAACCACUGUAUCGUGUGGAAACAGGAAAUUAUGAAUAUAGACUCGUUUUAAGAUGUCGACAGGAUGCACGUACACGGUUUGCUAAGAUGCGCAAUGAUGUUUUAGUGAAAUUAGAAUUAUUAGAUAAUAAACACGUACAAGAUAUUGUGUUUGAGUUACAACGUUUCAUCGAUGCUAUGGCCACCUACCAUGAUCAAUGUUACGGUGUCAUGAAGCAAAUCAAAAUUUUCCCACUUGAAGUGGAUUUGACAAGAGACGCAUUUGCAUACAACUUAGGUAUCUUUAAUACGGGCGAUGAUGGAGGUGAAGAUAUUGACGAGGAGGCAAUCAACACUGAGUCGAUUGAAGAAAAAUCUGUCAGCAACAAAUAUAACCAAUUAGCUGAUGAUGUCAAAUUAUUAGACUUAACAGGAUUAAAUCCUCAACUCCGAUAUUCUGAGAAUCAAUCUGUUGAUGGCGAGUUAGAUAUAAACAAUUGGGAUUCGCUAUCUACUUGGAGUCCCCAUAUAGGCGACAGCAAAUCUAAUAAACAGGAAGCUGUUACAGACUUGCUUUGUUUUGAUUAG